CUCCUCUCCUCUUCUCCGCUCUCUCCCCCCCCGGCAUCCUGCCACCCUUGUUUGGUUGAUUCAUCCACCUCCCCCAUUUGCUUGUGCAUACACUCGGACACUUUCACAUCUGCCUUUUGAUCAGGGUCGCCUACGCACCCCGAGAGAGAGAGAGGGCGAGUGACCUCGCGCGAGCCGCAAAAUGAAGUCGAAUGCGAAGAAGCCCACGGGCGCGGGGAUGAAGCAGCCCGUCCUCUCGCACUUCUUCCGCCCCUCGGCUGCCAGCGCGGCCGCCGUCACCACCGCCACGGCGGAUCCUGGCACCGCCCCGUCCGCAAGCAAUGUCCCGAAUCCGAAGCGCCCCCAAGUCGACCUGGCCGCCAGCGAGUCGAGCAGUGCCACCGAGGUCAAGCGCCAGCGGACCAGCCCGGCUCCCGGGGCCGCAGUCAGCCCGAAGGGCAGCUCCAAGUCCGAAGUCAAGCCGAAUGUGCUUCCAAAGCCCCGGGCUCCGGCCGAGGCUGGAUCUCUGGCACCUGUUGAGCUCAAGCCCGAGCCGGUUGACGGGAAGAUGGCCGAGUCCGAGGUCCAGAUGGACACCAAGAUCGAGGAUAUCGGCGAUGGCCCGAAGACCUCUCGAGCCCGCAUGGCAAGCAAGUCGGCCGAUGUCAGCCCGCCUGCCAAGCGGCGCGCACCCCCCUCGCGGCGGUCUCCCUCCCCGGCGGCCGAAGUCCUCACACGGUCGGGCCGGCCGGUACGCACACGCCAGCGUCGGGCCAUGCUGACAAUGGACAGCAGUGAUGAGGAUGAUGUUGAUGGCGGCGCGGCGGGUGGUAUUUCGUCGGCCGACAGCGACAGCGAUUUCAUCAACGACUCGGAGUCCUCGAGUGGGUCCUCCUCGGAUGGCGGCGUUGGCUCGGACUCGGACCUGUCCGGGGCCGAAACCGAGCUCGAUCCCCUGUCGGACCUGUCUGAUGACGGGGAAAGUGACACCGGGCGCCGGGGCCGAAGCCGAGGUGGGCGACUGCGCCGGCCGGGCCGCGGCGUCUCACCCCCGAUGCCGGGCCUCCCCCGGGGGGAUGCCCCCAUGACUGACUCCGCCAGCUUGGCAGACCGAUUUGCAUUUGGGCCUGCGGCUGCGGGCCCGUCCGCCACGGGUCCGGUGUCGGUGCCAGUGCCGCGGCGUGCCCCCAACAGCUUCCUCCCUCCGAGCAAUGCCACCGCGCCCGGGAAGGGUGCCGGCUCCAAGGCGCAGUCCAAGUCCGGGGUCAAUCCCUCGCCACUGGAACGCCAGGUGAUGGACCUCGCGGCGCGCUGUCCCCCAGGUACCCUACUGGCGGUUGAGUGUGGCUACCGGGUCCGCUUUUUCGGACCUGAUGCCAUGGCGGCGAGCAAAAUCCUCGGGAUCCUAAGUAGCACCCCGAUUUCGCGUGGCGGCCAGGCCGCUGGCGGAGGUGUGCUUGAGAGCGCCAGUGUCCCGGUGGUGCGCAUUGGCAUCCACGUUGCGCGCCUCGUCGGCGCUGGGCUCAAGGUUGGCGUGGUCACGCAGCAGGAGUCCGCCGCCAUUAAAGCGGUGGAAGCCAUGUCCGGUGGUGGAUCCUCAAGCGGCCCCUUCGAGCGGAGUCUCUCGCACCUCUUCAGCCGGUCGACCUUCACCCGAGCGGAUGCCGGCAUUCUGACCCGAUCGCUGACGCAGGCCAGUGAGGGUGGCGGGGUGUUUGGCACGGCGGACGAAGUGGCCGAGGUGGCCGCAACCGCCGGGGUCGGCGCCGACACGGCCGGCGAUGAAGCCAGCGGUGACCUUGGCAGCACGCUUGAUGGCUCGGCCGAGGGCGAGGGCGGGCUCAUUCUCUAUCUGGCCGAGGUGGAGCAGCGCCCGGGCGUGCGAUUCCUGAGUCUGGUGGCCCUGUCUCCGACGACCGGGCAGGUCACAUGCGACCUCAUUCCGCUGGCAGCGGCCGGGGAGGCGCCUGCUUCCGGAGGCGACACCCCGGCAGGGGCAACCCUCUUGGCCUCGAGCCAUGCGACCGGCUUGCUGGAGUCACGGCUGGCUCUUUACCGGCCGGCCGAGAUUGUGGUGCUGGCAUCGAUGGAUGCCGCCGAGGCGGCGGCCGAGCGCCAGGCGGACCCGGUGGCCCGGCGAUUGGCCUCCGGCCUGUGGGCCAGCUGGAUUGGUGGCUUUGUCAAUCCCGCGCGCGCGGGAGCCUCCAGCCAACGGGGCUUUCCGGUGCUCGGGCCGCGUGGCUGCUGGCCGAAUGCCUUUUCUUUCUUCGCCGGCUUCCCGGAGGACAUUGUUUCGGGUGGAGAGCUGCUCAAGGCAGAGGCCGAGACACAUGGGGCUCCGAAGAUGGCGACAGUGACGACCCCAGCGGCUCCGCCGCGUGCUGCCGGAGCCCCCUCACUGGCUGUGGCCAGCUGCCUGGGCCACUACAUCUCGGAAGAGCGUUCCAAAUCCAGCCAUGUUGUUCGUGUGGAGCGGGUUUGCCAGUCGUUCCUGGGCGACGCGACCGAAGAUGCCCUUGUGUCCAGUGCUCGCAUGUUCCUGGCUGGGGAAUUGGAGCGCGCCAAUGGGUCCCCCUUGGAGCCGCGACUGCCGCACGAUCUUCUGGCCGUCCCCCUGGCUCUGGCCGUGCAUCAUUUGCAAAUUUUCGGCCAGGCCGACAUCAUCCUGGACUCGAUUCGGCCGGAGGUGCCGACCGGUCCCGAGGUCGGGGCUGCCGCCGAUGACUCGAUGGCAGCUGGCCCGGCCCCCGUGGCCGCUGCUCGAAGUGUGGCCAUUGACCUGCCCGAGGGGGAUGCCCUCUCGGCGGUGUCUUCCUGCCUCGGCAUCGCCCUCCCUCGAUGCUCCCUGUCCAGUCGCGAGGAGGGGUUCUUCUCUCUGGCAGACCCGCACGAUGGCGCGGCUCGGCUGCAUCUCAGCGCGGACACCCUCCAGCAAUUGAAUGUCCUUCGCAGUGAGGAUGGCCUGAUUCGUGGUUCCCUGCUCUGGGCCAUUGACUCGACCCAAACGGGCCCCGGGGCGCGGUUGCUUCGGACUUGGCUGGCGCGGCCGCUCGCCUGCGACCGAGCCAUCGCCGACCGGCAGUCGACCGUCUGCGAGCUUGCCGGGUUGCCGUUCCCGCUGCAGGCCGACGAGCACCUACUUAGCUCCGAGGCGGAGGCGUUUCUCCAGGAUCUGCGCAGUCUCUUUGAUCCGAAGCCGGAAACCCGCUUCUCGCCGAUCCGCAUUCGCGCUUGGCCGGACUUGGAGCGGAGCUUCUCGAAGCUCCUUUCUCAGCAGAUCACGGUCGCCGAGUUGCGCGUUUUCCUCAAUGCCCUGGUUGAUCUUGACACGGCCCAUGAGCGACUGAAUGGGGCUGGGGAUUCACCUGCAGCGGGCCCCUUCCGUUCUGGAUCACUCAACCGCGCGGUCACCAUCCUUGCGCGGGCCAGCGGUGUCGCUCGCACCUUGCGGGCAUACCUGUCGACGCCGUCGGCCUCCGCCUCGGGGGCCUCAAGUGAGGGCCGUUCUGCCAAGAAGCCAGGGUAUGGCGGUCCGCCGUGGGCGCAGCGCAAGCCGGCUACCGGAGGCCCGGGAAUGGAUUCCGCCUCCACCGGGCUGUACACUUCCGGUGUGUGGGCCACAUUGGAGGUGGAGCGGCAGAUGGCGCCCCAGGUAUCGGCCAUCCGGGAGCGCAUUUUCGCCCUGGAGGCCUCGUUGGAGGACCAUCUGCGUGAGGAUGUGGCGCCGGUGGUGCAGCGGCUGCGCAAGUCCAAGACCGCCGGCGGCUUGGCCUAUCGUACCCUGCUGGGCAUCACGCACCUGGUCGAGGUGCCGGCCGGGGCGCGUGCCCCGUCCGACUGGACCAAGCUCAGUUCCACGAAGGCCGUGGACCGGUACCAUACCCCCUUCAUCCAGGAGUCCGUCACACAGCUUGCGGCCCUGCGUGCGCAGGCGAAAAUCGAGUCCGACCAUGCAUGGUUUGCCUUCAUCCAAACCAUCUCGACGGAGCAUUCCGCCACGCUGGCUAGCGUGGUGGCUCUUGCGGCUCGGCUGGAUGCCUGGUUCUCCCUGGCCCGGUAUGCCGGCUCCUCGACCGAGGUGAUGUCUCUCCCGCGAUUGGUGUCCAGUCGGCCGACACUGGAUGUCCGUGCCGAUGGCGUGUCCAGUGGGCUGGCAGCCACCCUGCGCCAACCGGCCAUCACUUUUACCAUGGAACAGGGCCGGCAUCCGAUCGUGUCGAAGCUCAUGGAGGAGGGAGCCUCCGCCAAGUACAUCCCCAACGACUGUUCCCUGUCGUCCGGUGGCCAGACGGCGCUUGUCUUGACCGGGCCGAACAUGGGCGGUAAGUCCUCCUACGCGCGGUCCUGCGCGUCGAUCGCCCUACUUAGCCAUGUUGGAUGCCAUGUGCCAGCUGCGUCGGUUACGUGCUCGGUCCUGGUCGGGGGCAUUCACACCCGCAUCGGCGCACAGGAUGACUUGGUCCGCGGUCGGAGCACCUUCCUCAUGGAAAUGCGAGAGGCGUCGGAGAUUUUGGCAGCCACCGCCCCCAUAGGCUUGGUCGAGUCGGGGAGCAUCUCACCCUCGGCCUUCGGCCAGAUCAUGAGCAUGUACGACUGUCGGUGUCAGGAGUGUCUGCUUGUCGAAGGUCCCGAGCAGGCGUCCCUGCAUGCGGCGGCCACGGCGGCAAGUGAGGGCACCGAGCUUCCAGCACCUCGGAGCUUGGCUGCCCUGCCCGCUGGCAGCACGGUGGCCGCUGGACGCCCGUUUGUCCGGCCGGCUUUCGUGCUGAUGGACGAGCUGGGUCGCGGCACCGCCACAUAUGACGGGGCGGCCGUUGCCGAGGCGGUCCUGCAGGAGCUGGUCAAUGUGUGCUCUGCACUGACCAUCUUUAUCACGCAUUAUCCGAGCCUCACUCGGCUGGCGCCCUUCUCGGGUGGUCGGAUUGCCAAUGCCCACAUGAUGUAUCUCCUGUCUGGCGGCGCAGCGGCCGGGACUGGCAGCAGCAGCAGCAGCAACAGCCAGCCAGCCAUCACCUUCUUGCACCAAGUGACCGUGUCCUCGCCCUCCCCGUCUCAGGAUUCAGGGAACUUCGUCGGCAACGAGGAGCAGGACCACUCGUACGGGUUGAAUGUGGCCCGACUGGCGCAGCUGCCAGAGGCAUUGGUUUUGCGGGCUGGCGAAAUGGCCUCCUCCAUGCGGCGAUCAGUCACCCGUGGCCGAGCUGCGGCCGGUUUGCACCAAUUGCUUCGGGCGCUGGCCAACUCCACCGGCCCGGAUGACGCCGCUGUGGUGGCCUUGCUGGCGGACUUCCGCCAGGCGAUGGACCGGUCGGGCCUGAGAGCCGAGGACCUGGUGAAUUAGAUCCUCCUUUUUUGGCCCCCCCUCCCCCCCUUUGCCCUUGGUCUGCGCGCGCCCUGGCCCUCGCCUGUUUCCUACUCCGCCUUGCGCGAGUGCCUCACACCAGCAAUACACCCCACACAAAUGUACACGAA